CUCAAGUAUUGAGCCGCUGCUACUAGACUCUACAGCAUGAACUUCUUCAGAAAGAAAGAAACAAUUCCUCCUGUGGCUCCACCAGCAGCACCAUCUGGCCCACCCCCGGCGUCCCAGCGUUAUGCACCUCAGACCUACGUCCCCAGUCGUGACGCCGGCAAAUUCGACAGCGUAGCAUACUCUGCAUCGACAAACAAAGGCCCCCAGCCAAAUCCCAAUGACAACUACUAUGAUAGGUAUAGCCGGAGUAGGAAUGUGGGGGAUGUUUACGCCCGUGGUGGUGGUGAUGCAACCGAAGAUCGCAACGAGUUAUUCUCUGGUUAUGAUGCAAGCAAAUCCGGAGGUUCUGGUCGAUUCUUUGACGGUGGUGUCAUCCCUGAUCGCGAGCCUGGGCAAGAGACGGAAGAAGACAUAGAAGGAAUCAAGAAGCAAACUCGAUUCGUCAAACAAGAGAGUGUUCACUCUACUAGAAAUGCCUUACAGAUGGCCCGUCAGGCCGAAGAGACUGCUAGAAACACUCUUACUCGCCUGGGUGACCAGUCCGAAAAACUUGCCAAUACGGAACGUCACCUUGACGUAUCCAAGGGCUACUCGAUGCGUGCCGAUGACAAGACCGACGAACUUAAGCAACUCAAUCGCUCCAUCUUCCGUCCUGUCAUUACCUGGAACAAGGACGCGAAGCGGGCUGCUCAAGAGGCCAAGAUUCAGGCGCGCUACGAGGAGGAGCGGGACGAGCGCGAGAAAGCAAUGAUGGAUAUCCGCGAAACCCAGGCCCGACUUGGACAAGCUUCGACCUAUGGUCGUAGCAACGAAGAGGAGCUUCUGGGAGGAUCGAGGUUCAAGAACUCGGCGCAGAGUCGUGAGCAACGCAAGCGCUACCAAUUCGAAGCCACCGCUUCAGAUGAUGAGCUAGAAGAUGAAUUGGAUACCAACCUCGACGAAAUCAGUGACAUUAGCAAACGUCUGAAGGCACUUGGGACGGCUAUGGGCCAAGAGCUUGACAACCAGAACGCCCGCAUCGACAGAAUUGCUGGCAAGACCGAUGCCCUGGACAGCAGAAUUCACAGGAACACUGAGAGGCUAAAACGAAUCUAAUGACAUGUGGCUACCACGCGGUGCUUGGAGGGGCUGGACCUCGGACGGAUUCGGUUGUGGAUUGCUUGGAUUUCUGAUUGUAUAAUAAUUAGCGAUAUUGGCCUACAAUAUUGUGACUUUCUUUCCGCGC